AUGGAAAGCCCAUUACAUCUGCAGAACCAUUUCUUUCCGGAGCAGCAGCAGCAGCACCAGCACUACUGCGGGCGGGAGGACCGACUCGGCAGCAAGCGCGACCACUGCUGCACCUGCAACACCUGCAGGAAAAACCUGGUCUUCCGCGGGACGUCGCCGACCACCGUGGGAACUUUGAGGACGCCCUCGGAGACCUCCUCGAGAGCGGGCUGUCAGUACAGCGAGUUCAGCCCCUCCAGCCAUGGUAGCUGGUCCAGACAGCCGGAUCCGGAGCAGCAGCAGCAGCAGCGGCGGGGCAGCAGCCUGGGCAGCGGCAGCGGCAGCGGCGGCGGCGGCCACCGCCACAUCACCAUGAGCAGCUGCAGAUACAACGGCGGCGUCAUGCGGCCGCUCAGCAACUUGAGCUCGUCCCGCAGAAACAUACACGAGUUCGAUUCCGAGUCGCAGCCGCUGCAGCCCAUCUCUGGGGCAGAUGCGUCGGACGCUCGUGGAUCCAAAGCAGAGAACAACUCCAGCAGCCUGAUGCCUUACGCGUCGGCAGACGGAGGGGGAGGCUGCGGACACAGCGGGGGCAAAUCUGGGAAGAAGAAGAACCAGAACAUCGGGGAGAAGCUGGGACACCGCAGGGCCUUGUUCGAGAAGAGGAAGCGGCUCAGCGACUAUGCUUUAAUCUUUGGGAUGUUUGGGAUCGUUGUUAUGGUUAUAGAGACGGAACUGUCCUGGGGAGCCUAUGGAAAGGAGUCCCUGUAUUCAUUAGCUCUAAAAUGCCUGAUAAGCCUUUCUACAAUCAUCCUCCUGGGGCUGAUUAUCAUCUACCAUGCAAGAGAGAUACAGUUAUUUAUGGUGGACAACGCGGCCGACGACUGGAGGAUAGCCAUGACGUACGAGCGCAUCUUCUUCAUCUGCCUGGAGAUCCUUGUGUGCGCCAUCCACCCUAUCCCAGGGAACUACACCUUCACAUGGACGGCGCGCUUGGCCUUCACCUACGUGCAGUCCAAGACGGAUGCAGACGUGGACAUCAUCCUUUCCAUCCCCAUGUUCCUGCGGCUGUACCUCAUCGCUCGUGUCAUGCUGCUGCACAGCAAGCUUUUCACGGACGCCUCGUCCCGCAGCAUCGGUGCACUCAACAAGAUUAACUUUAACACGCGCUUCGUGAUGAAGACUCUCAUGACCAUCUGUCCGGGCACCGUGCUGCUGGUCUUCACCAUCUCGCUAUGGAUCAUUGCAGCGUGGACUGUGAGAGCCUGCGAGAGGUACCAUGACAACCAGGACAUAAGCAGCAACUUUCUAGGAGCCAUGUGGUUGAUCUCAAUCACGUUUCUCACCAUCGGUUACGGUGACAUGGUCCCCAACACCUACUGUGGGAAAGGAGUCUGCCUCCUCACUGGCAUCAUGGGUGCUGGCUGCACAGCCUUGGUGGUGGCUGUGGUAGCAAAGAAGCUGGAACUAACCAAAGCUGAAAAACACGUCCACAAUUUUAUGAUGGACACCCAGCUAACAAAAAGAGUAAAAAACACAGCUGCGAAUGUUCUCAGGGAGACGUGGCUCAUCUACAAAAACACCAAGCUAGUGAGGAAGAUGGACCACGCCAGAGUCAGGAAGCAUCAGAGGAAGUUCCUGCAAGCCAUUCACCAAUUGAGAAGUGUUAAAAUGGAGCAACGCAAGCUGAAUGACCAAGCAAACUCACUAGUGGACCUUGCAAAGACUCAGAACAUCAUGUAUGACAUGAUUUCGGACUUGAACGAGCGAGGCGAGGACAUGGAGAAGAGGAUCGCCCUGCUGGAGACAAAGCUGGAGACGCUACUGAGUAACUUGCAGGCUCUUCCAGGACUCAUCAGUCAGGUCAUCAGCCAACAGCACAGGGACUUCCUCGAGGUUCAGCUCCAGCCUUACGACAAACACAGUCCUGAGCGCUCGCAGUCCGUGUCCAGACGGAGGUCGUCCUCCACAGCACCACACACCUCGUCCGAGAGCAGCUAGAGACCACGAGGAAUGACUUUUGCCAUCAUAUGGCCAAGUUGCAUUUAUCUCAAAGCCUUAUGGUUUCAAUAAGUAUUACCCAAAUUCUGAUGACAGAAUCAAAGCUACUAUGGACAAUGCGUUUUAAUGGAUAGCGACACGCUGUUACUUGUUUUUUUAUUACCUCAAACAUUGUUGUUAAAAACAUUGUUGUCCUUGCCUGGUUGACAGGGCCACAAAUAAUGGCGCUUCCUUGAGAUGAAAUGCAAAAACGGGGCUAUCAUUUGAACUCUCCUCCACUGUUGUGUAGCGGUCACCAGGUUUGAGUGGUGAGGCUACCGUGCGUGAACGUAAUGCACUAAAGUAGUGCUUAUCACAGAGUCAUCUGUGGUUGUCAAAGCAAAUUGAAAGAUUAAACAAGUAAUAAUUAGAGUAGUUACUUUGCUAGAGAGACAGCAAAUAUAAGGUUUAAAUUAGUAAAUAAUAGCCGCUUUGUUGCUCCUAUAGAAUGAAUUGGGGGCAACUUUACCAAGAAUUUAAUCCCUUGGUCCAAGUGAAUGCAUCGAAAUCUGUACUUGCACUUACUCAAUACACUUCAAUGCUGUCUGGUGUGUGAUGAUAUGAAGAUGCAUUGCUCAUUAAAGAACAGUAGAGAUGUUUGGGGCAUGGGUUUAUCGUCGUCAGUUCCAAAGUUAUUGUGAGUACGAAUUAAUCAAUUUUAUCCUCGAGGUUUUUUUUUUUUUGUAGUACUUACAAAGAUGGAUAUAAGGCCUGCUCAUGGUCUUGCUUUGCCUCAUCCCACAGGUCUCCUUAACUAAAACCAACGCUCAGAAAAAAGUGCACAAAACCAAACCUAUACCAACUUGUAGCCAUAUAUGUGCGGUUUCCAGAUGUCACUCGAAGAUUUACACUCUUUUCUUAUCAUUGGUCAGUUACAAAUCUUUUUUUUUUUUUAUCAAUUUUGACAUUUUUGGUGACUUUUCUAGGGUUUAGAAUUCAUUUUUGCCAUUUCCAAAGGACCAUGAGGUAGACAACUUUUUAAAGAGUAUCCCCAGUAGGCCUAAUGUUUACUCUAAUAAUUCUUGCACAAAUAAAUAAGACAUUCUCUAACUAAUAAUUCGGCCGGCAUUCUGGGUGGUCAAAGUCCCUUUUGUAGCGUCUAGCCAUCCAAAAUCCUCUUUGAAAGUCUUACUUGCUCAGAAGCCUGCUCAGACCACAACCCAAGAUCAUGAGACCUCUAGAGGUCUUACCUCAUGGUCCUUUGGAAAU